UCAAAAGUAGAAAUGUCUUUUUGGUACACAAAUAGCUGUCAAACUAGUACGAGUAGAAACAAAACAGAAAACGAAUCGCGUUCGCCACCAGCUGCACUAAAUUAACGAAUUUAGUGAUAAUUUGGCUAAAAACGAGAACCCAGAAUGUCGGUAACUAUUAACCGGCGAAACAAUAGUACGCAGCAUAAUCGAGCGGAAUUGCUCAGCUCUAGGGCGCUACCGCAACAAAAGAUCAUCGCCAUAACCGAUAAAAUUGGAUUUGAACCAGAUGCUAACGCAGUAAUAACUGGUUGGUUGAAGGAACAGCAUGCCGAUAGUGCCUGUCCGCCUGUACUUGUACAGCAUCUGAAUGAGUCGUCUAUAUUCCUGAUCAUGAUCCUAUCCAAGCUGGAGCGACAAUUUGAACCUAGCCAAAUAUUCAAGUAUAUCGCACAGUGUAAGAAAAAUCCCACCAUCGAACACGUUUUUGUGUGGAUCGUAGAGCAAAAGCUGACGGAAACGUUUCUUGUGCCCUACGUCGAGCAUAUGGCUGAUACGAUAAUCACGUUCGAGGAUAGAACACAUUUGUCGUUGCUGGUGAAGAAACAUACCGGUUCCGUUACCAACAAGUAUUAUGAGUUUGAUCCACAGAAAGAAUCGUUUUUCGUCCUAGAGGUGAAACGAUCCGCCUUAACCAAACAGAAUACGGUAGCGAUGCAAGUAGAUCCUCCACCGAACCCUGCCACGCUGGGCACAUUCAAAAUCGAUUUAAAGGACGAAGAAGUAGCAGCAAAGAAUGCUUUAACGUUACCAUUUGAAUUCUUCAAAGCUCUCCCGGAAGGUGGUAAAAUCCUUUACCAUCCCGAUGCCGAAGAUGAUCUCGAUGAGGAGGAUCCCGACGAUGAUUUAUUGAUAUGAGUGCGCGAAAUACACGCUUCCCCAGCGACGACUAAAGGUAGAAAGCAAGCGAU